UUUAGCUCAUUAGCAAUUGUCAAUUAAAUCCUAAUAUAGCCGGUAUAUAAUAUUAUUUUAAAACGAAAUGGCUGCUCAGAUAGAAGAAACUCUGAAGAGAAUUCAGACCAGUGACGGUGUCGUCGGACUCGUAAUAUUCAACAACGAUGGCAUUCCGAUUAAAACCAACAUGGACAAUGCAAUGUCCGUCCGGUAUGCUGGAUUAGUGCAGCAGCUAAUCGCGACAUCACAGGUCGAGAUCAAAAAAGACGACCCGAACGAUAACCUGACGUACCUGCGGUUGCGUACCACAGAUAACGAAAUCAUGGUUAUACCAGAUAAACAUUAUACCAUGGUGGUAAUUCAAAAACCGACUGGCUCUAGAUCACCAAUGUAAAAUUGGCUACAAAAAUUUGCUAUAUUAAUGUUUAUAAUAUUUAUAUAAUUCAACAAUUUAAUAAUAUAUUAAAAUAGUUUUCAUUAAUUUAAUGUAUACAAAUACAUAUAAAUUAACAGAUCAUUUGAUUUCAAUGAUAAUUUUACCUAAGAAUGUUUGCAAUAAACGUGGUCAUAUUAUUAGAGUUAUAUGGUUCAACAAUAUCAUUUAUGUAAGAGAUAUGAUUGUAUGAGGAUGGAAAAAUUUGUAAUAUAUUGUCAUAAACAAAAUUCCAACAAAAAAUGGUGUUAUCGAACAUAUCAUCAGCGGAUAGUAGUACCAAUAGUUUUGAUCCGGACCAGUGAUAGCCCAAAUAGUAACUGCAGCUACAUUUUCUCUUAGGAACACUCCAUAAUACCCUAAGUAACGAUUUCUUGAAUUCCCUUGGCCUUCACUGGGUGAUAAAUAAGUAAAAAUGUAGACAAGACCGAGUAUUCUUGAAAAAAA